CCCCCAAAGUUUGUUGUUUAACAGCCAGUCAGGUGGCCAUUUGGUCUCAUAUCGAGGUUGCGAACACGGCGAGUUAUCAAUUUGUCACAUCUGCGAGCACGAGUUGUUAUAAUUGAGUCGUUCUGCAGUUAUCGCUACCACAUGAACCUCAACUUCCAAGCCGACUACUUUGAACCUCCUGCGCCUUGCAAAUCCGCCUUCAUGGAGUUGCCGUCAACACCGGGGCCGCAUAGCUACUCCAGCUAUAAUCCAGUGCCGCCGAAUUAUAACCCGUACACUGCGAUGCGCUACUACCAUCACCCUCCAGCGAACCAAGAGUACUCCUUAGCCUGCAAUGCCAGAAGCUCCUUUCCAAUGCCGCCGGUUUUGAACCAUCAUCCGCUGUCGCAUCAUCCAUACUUAUCGCCUUCUAUGCAAGGCUUUGGAUCCCCUCACGAUUCUCCUCACGAUGAUUUGAAAGGAACAUGUGAUGAACCCAGGCUAAACGGCAAAGGAAAAAAGAUUCGAAAGCCGCGAACCAUCUACUCCAGCUUUCAACUUCGGGAGCUCACCAAGCGAUUUAACAAGACACAAUAUUUAGCUCUACCUGAACGCGCUGAUUUGGCUGCCUGCCUCGGCCUAACGCAGACCCAAGUGAAAAUUUGGUUUCAGAACAGAAGAUCUAAGUUUAAGAAGCACAGCGCCAGAGUGAACGAAGACAGCCCAGGUGAAGAGACUAGUAAAUCAGAGAGCACGGCAAGCCCAUCAAACAGCUCAGGAACUUGGUCAAAUACAGACGUAUCAACAUCUGGAAGUCAUGACACAGAGAGUCCGAGCCUUGCCACUUUAGCGACCACUAAACAGACGAUACAGUUAGGACCAAAUUUGAGCCAAUGGUGUCUUACAAGUGGACUAAAGUCUCCUUUCCCCGCAGACCGAUGCCAAAGAAUGUGAUUAACUCAUAUUUACGAAUUACCUAACUGUAAAGAUAAAUAAUCAUAUGUAUAAAGCGUAGAUAAUGUACCGAGCCUUGCUCUAACUCAAGGAUAAGGAUUGCCAAAAAAUCAGCAACGUGUGUACUUGCAAGUCCUCUGAUGUUACAAGGAAAGGUCCAAUCUAUGAAAUUUUAAUCGUGUUAACAUUAAAGAGGUUUUAAUUCUGUAAAUAUAAUUUAUUCGUGCGAUACAUUAAGCAGGCAUAGUGUAAACUUGAAAAGGAGUUAUUUCACUGAAGUCGAGUUCUUGAGAUUAUUCAUGUAACAUAUGCUUAGACCGAACGUGAUUGAGGCAUUAAGACUUUUUAACAUCAAUAGGUAAUUAGCCCGCAUAACAGGUGAUGUUUAAUGCUGUUUUCCCAAAGGUAGGACAAGAAAACAGUUCUUAGAACACGUUAAAUGCGAUAGUUGAUAUUAUUGACAUUUAUUUUCCAAUAUAGUGAGGAAAAUUUUCAAACUAAAACUGUAGAAAUGCCCUUGGCUUAAUUGAGUCGCGUCGCUUUCAACUUCGUUUCAACCCACGGGCCAAUUCCUCAAAGAACCGCAUGCUACGCGUGCCACCGGCCGUUGACGUAUAACGUGAAACGCCACGAGAUCGUUUUAAAGCUCUCAUUUCUUAAAAGAGUAUCAAUGACAUUUUAGUGAUACCACACCAUCUGUUAAGUGAAUAAAAAGACCCGUUAUCAAGUUAUAA